AUGACACCUCGAUCGAGCUUUGCGACCGAGUUUCUGCUUCGGGAGCUACUCUCGUCAUUAGGUGCGCCACUCAGAACCGCGACAGAACCAACUGAUAGUUUUUCGGAGGAAUUGAGUGAAGAUACAGAAUCACAAUUUGCUGUAAAGACCCUUCCAUCGCGUGUCAUGCUUGUGCGCCGCACAAACAGUUUGCAUCAGACUGUGACGCUUGUGGACCGCGACUUUGAUAUUGAGGCGUAUAUUCCACGUCACGUGAUAAAUUGUUUGAAAAAGAAUUGCGGCUACAAUACCAUCGGAUGUUUGCGUGGAAGCGUCGUGCGCUUGACCAAGUAUCACUUUGCCACGUUGAAACGAUGUCGAUUGACGGACCAGCAGAACUUUGAGACGUCUGUGUCAGUUCCUUACGGAAGUACAGAAACGGCUAGAGUUUAUCUUUGGGUGGACGCGCUAACAGUUGUCGAGGAUAAUGAGCUGGCAGUUCAACUGCGUCCGGAAGUGUACAGUCAUCCGCUAGUGUUGGAAAGGCUAAAGAAGCUAAGCGACGUAGAGCUUGAAAAGCAGUUGAUGAUUAAUCAAGGACUUUUGCCGCUUCCGAUUGAUUUGAGUGAUAGAUUCGACGAAAAUCGACCGUUAUUAGAGGAGGAUUGUGUGAUUCCAGAGGAUCAAAAACAGCAACUGGAAGAACAGGAGGAAUGGGGUCCGCCAAUUGUUGGUGGAAGGCACCCUACAGACUCGGAGUUAAUUGAAGAAAACGGAGUGGUGCCAUUGUCGCAAUCGCAGCUCUUUAAUUCUGGAGCUGACGAUUUGCUUUCGACUCAUGACUCGAUGGCUUCGUCGGGGGAGCUGUCAGUGAUGCUGUCAGAGAAUUUGUGGAGUGGAAUUCACAGGAACCAAGGGUUUCAGUUUCAACAGGAGGAUAUUCAAAAGACAUUUGUGGCAGACAGCGACUUCAGUGGUAGCGAUGCCGAAGAAAAAGCCGUUGAUCUUGCGGACAAUAUAAUCGAGCGAGGUGUACACUCAGAAGCUAUAAUGAUUGAAGACGUUCAGAUCAAUGACACGACUCAAAAACAGAGACAGGGGUACACGACAGCGUCUGAUGGUGCACAAGAGAAGGGAGAUAAAGUCUUCACACUAUUAUCUCACGCAUCGCCGAAUUCCCAUCGUCAAGCGGCUAAAAAACAAACGUCAACCACAAGCAGCGAAUUGGUCAAUACGUUGACCGUAGAUAUCUUAACUAAUGACUCAGAAAGUAGCACAACUAUGAAUGAGGUGAUCGUGAGGGAUGAACAUCGUACGCGGAACUUGGCUCAGAUUAAAAAUAAGAAAGAAAAUGCAGAUAUAGAAGAUAUGCUCGCGCCAGAGGAAUUCAUGUCAUCACAAGCAACUAUGGUGAUUCACUAUGCUAUCGACGAUGACGAAGAGGCGAAUGCUUUCGACUACGAGGUUAUAACACCUACUGAUUCGUCAAAAGAUAGGUACUUUGAUGACAAAAAGUGUACGCUUUCUCAAAAAAGCGAAGAAUCGGAUGAUAUGAUUUCGACGGAAAAAAAAGCUGAAGUCAUACCCAGUUCGCAGAAAGAAUCAGAGGCAACGAAAGAUGAUGUGAACAUUUUAUCGGCGUGUGCUCAUGCAGUACUAGAUACCGAUGAGGAAACAGAGUCAGAAGCAACGUUGGUGCCGACGCCAGUGGCGAUAAGUAUACCUGCAAAUCGAGACACUGAUGCUCAUGCUAAACAUAAUCUGGAAAUACGUGUUCCGCCAGCAAAUACAUCCAAAAACUCGCGUCCAAUCAGUACACCAUCGAAAAUCGUCAUAUCGGUUAGUAGUAAUGUACAUCGAGCUAGUCAAACUGGUUUUUCAUCUGCUACACGCAAUGAAGAGACUAAAUCAAGGGAUGUACAAUCGGCAACGGGUGCGGUUGAGUCCAAUGCACGCAGCGAUUGUCAAUCUCAUGCUCAGCCACAUAAACGUCGCCGACAAAAUAUUUUUCAGACACGUAAACAUUGCGAGGUAGGAUCUCAAUGUCGUCGUUUCAGAAAUCCAAUCGUGUCGUCUAUUUUCCAAAGAGGACGUGACUUAGAACGCAUUCCAGACACCACGAUCGUAUACUCUCUUGACACGUUGUGCCGAUCGCUUGACUCAAGUGGACGCAGUGAUACUACUGAAGAGAGACAUACACGGUCACGUCGUGUCUGGAAACGAUACGAGAAACUCUUUCCAUCGCUUAACUCGACAUAA